AUCAUUAUUGACCCUUUCUUUUGGUCUUAAGUUUCAUUUUUACAUGCUUUGUUCUAUUUAGGUUCUUUAUUAUCGAUGAGAUCAAUAAUAAAAUAUUUCUUCUUAUAGCAUAUUCAUUUGACCCAUCCUAGCAUUUUGCCUUCUCAUUUGUCUCUACCCAAAAGCUUUUAAAAGGAGAAGAACAAAGCAAAGAAAGAGAUUUGGAAUCUUGACAUUUAAUACCUCUUAAAUUCUUUGUCUUUGAUUCACAUGCUCCAAUAUCCAAGCAAAGAAUGACUUUAAAUGCAUUGCUAAACCCAGUUUUGUUGGAUUACCCUUUUUUUUUUUGGGGGGGGGGGGGUUGUUACGAAUCAUGCACGCUACCUGUAAUAAACAACAUUAACGUUUAGAAAAAAAAACCUUAAAGGCCUAUCCUUGUGCAUGUAAAAUGUUCCAAAUGUUAACAUCUGGACUUUAAAGUCUUAACGUUUAAAUUCCAGCAAUUCCGGUUUUUAUAUAUUUAUUUAAAAAAUUCAUACAUUGCUUCGGGCAAAGUGUUUACCGGGAAGCAAAGUUGGGAACUGAUUCCUACUUUAAAUGCAUAUGAAUAUUUUUCUUCACACUUCUAUACUAAAGAAAGCAAUUCUAAUUAUAAUUUUGAACAACAUGCCACAUCAAAAUCUCUCCCCUGGAGUUCAUCCAUUAAGCUGUCUUUAAGGCAAUCACCCAAAAGCUUUUCUCUUUUGCUCUUUUUAGAAAAGUUCAUAUUGUGGGUGUAUUUUUACUCAUCUUUUUAGGAAUUCGCUGGUCAAACAAUGACGCAGGAGGAGCAGAAACAUUUGCUGCAUGGGACACUUUCUGCAACAAUAUAUGGGAUAGAAGAGCUACCAUUUGGAUGUAGAGAGAAUUUUUGCCUCCAGGGGACGAUGACUGCAAGCAAGUUCCAGAAAAAAUGUCUCGCCACAUUCAAGAGAACGGCCUUAGGUCCACAGCUGUAUGCUACGGUUGAUCUAGACAAAGCCAGGGUUGCCCGAACAGGAGUUGUAAGACACAAGCCAUCUUCACCCCAAUGGAACGAGACCUUCCGCAUAUAUUGUGCCCAUUUGAUCUCACAUGUUAUAUUCACUGUAAAGGAUAACAGUCCCAUAGGAGCAGUGCUAAUAGGCCGAGCUUAUUUGCCUGUCAAAGAUAUUAUUGUAGCCAAUGGGGAUACCGUGAUUCGCUAUCUUAAAAUACAGGAUGAGGAGCGCAAGGCACUACCUGGACAGCCCCAAAUCCAUGUUGCAUUGCAGUUUCGAAGUGUUAGCCAGGAGGAAAGUUGGGGUGUGGGAAUUAAAACCCCGGGUUUUGAGGGAGUUCCUUACACUUUCUUUCGACAGCGACAGGGCUGCAAAGUUACUCUGUAUCAAGAUGCCAAUAUCUCCGAUGGUUUCAAGCCUGACAUACCUGGGAUGACUUAUGACCCUCGUAGAUGUUGGGAAGACAUCUAUGAUGCAAUUAAUAAGGCCAAACACUUCAUUUAUAUAACCGGUUGGUCUGUUUACACUGAGAUAACUUUGAUAAGGGAUCCAAAGAAAGAAAAGCCUGGAAGUGAUGAAACACUUGGGAACCUGCUUUUGAAGAAGGCCAAGGAAGGGGUGAAAGUUCUUUUGCUUGUUUGGGAUGAUAGAACUUCCAUUGAGUUGCUGAAACAGGAAGGCUUGAUGUCAACCCAUGACGAAGAAACAUCGGCCUAUUUUCGGUUUAGGGGAGUGCAUUGCGUUUUAUGUCCUCGUAAUCCUGAUAAUAAACGAAGCUUUGUUGAGGGCAUUAAAAUUGCUACCAUGUUUACUCACCAUCAGAAGACACUUAUAGUUGAUAGCGAAAACCCGAACCCGGGAGAGAAGCGAACGGUUGUCAGUUUUAUUGGCGGUAUUGAUCUUUGUGACGGAAGAUAUGAUACGCAAGAUCAUCCUUUAUUUGAUACAUUGAAAGACAUCCAUCAUGAUGAUUUCCAUCAGCCAAACUUCAAUUACUCAUCAAUCGAGAAAGGCGGUCCGAGGGAGCCUUGGCAUGAUAUUCAUUGCAAACUAGAAGGUCCGGUUGCUUGGGAUGUCCUUUACAAUUUCGAACAAAGGUGGUUAAAACAAGCUGUGUGUAGGAAACAUCACCUGUUUUCUACGAAGAAGAUAGAAGAAAUGACAGUCCGACCACCAAAGAACCUGCCUUUAGAUCACAGUGAAACAUGGUGUGUCCAGUUGUUUCGAUCCAUUGAUAACGGGGCGGUUGUUGGCUUUCCUGAAAAUGUUAAGAUAGCACAUCAAUAUGGCCUUCUAAGUGGAAAAAACACCAUCAUUGAACGAAGCAUUCAAGAUGCAUAUAUCAAUGCAAUUCGCCGAGCAAAGAACUUCAUUUACAUUGAAAACCAAUAUUUCCUAGGAAGCUCCUUUGGUUGGAACUCUGAGGACGUCAAGGAUGAAGAUAUUGCUGCUUUAAAUCUCAUACCAAAAGAACUCUCCCUAAAGAUUGUAAGUAAAAUUAAAGCAGGCGAGAGGUUUUCAGUGUACAUUGUGAUUCCAAUGUGGCCUGAAGGCAUACCAGAGAGUGGUCCUGUCCAGGCAAUCUUAGAUUGGCAAAGGAGAACCAUUCAAAUGAUGUAUCGUGAUGUUGCUCAAGCCCUUCACAAUGAGGGCAAUCCCCGAGACUAUUUGACAUUUUUCUGCCUUGGGAACCGGGAGAAAGAAAACAAGAGUGGAGAGUACUUACCUAAUGAGAAACCAGACCCUAAUUCAGAUUAUGGGAGAGCUCAACAGUCACGCCGAUUUAUGAUCUAUGUUCAUUCAAAGAUGAUGAUUGUUGAUGAUGAGUACAUAAUCAUUGGCUCUGCCAACAUCAAUGAGAGAUCAAUGGCUGGUUCAAGAGACUCUGAGAUUGCAAUGGGGGCAUUUCAACCAUAUCAUUUAGCUACUAAGCAACCGGUUAGGGGUCAGAUAUAUGGUCUUCGUAUGGCUCUUUGGAAAGAACAUCUCGGUCAGCGCCAUGACUCUUUCGCUACUCCAGAAACCGAGAAAUGCAUCCAGGAAGUGAAUUCUAUUGCUGAAAGAAACUGGGUUUUGUACUCAAGUGAAACACUGGAGGAGGAUCUGCCGGGUCACCUGCUUCGCUACCCCAUUAAUGUUGGAGAAGAUGGCUCAGUUUCAUCCCUUCCAGGGGCUGAAAAUUUUCCAGACACCAAUGCUCCCGUCCUUGGAAGCAAAUCAAACAUCCUUCCUCCAAUAGUAACUACUUAGUUUCAUAGCUGCCAAUACAGGAUUUGAUUGAAAAAUAUUUGUAGCCAUGUAUGCUAUCUAACUUCAUUAUUUCAGCAAAAGAAGCUCUCAAGUUAAACCUUUUAA